AUGAUGGGGGCCUGGAUCAAGAGAAUCGGUAAACUCAUGGGGCUCGAGGACCCUACGAUAGCCUACAAUCUGCACAACAACGCUGCCAAUGCGUUUGAUCAGAGUGUCGACGUCAGCGAGGCUUUGAGAGAUUUAGCCAUGGGACACAGCAACUCCGACCCUUUCCAGAGGCACUAUCUUGGGCACAACAUCUCUGCUGAUCUCUGGGGCAUCGUUUGUGGACAGAAGCCCCAGCAGGCACUUCUUAAGCAGUCUUGCAGCGUUGGCCACUCCAUCUCCCAGCGCCGUCCGAUCGACCUGACGGCAGAGCAGUCUGCCUUUGUUGCGACGCAUCCAACCAUAAGAGCGCUUACGAAAGCCAUCCAAAAACUGCCUCUGGGCUCCAAAGAAUACAAAGAAGCCAAAAGAGAUCUGAAACAGCAAAUCAGGGACGAAUGGGCUGAUAAGCAAGCCACAGCCGACAUCGAACGCCAAAUUCACGGCGUUGGGUUUGCCAAACCGGCGACAAUGGAUCCCUGUCGCCCUCAGAGACCAGCACAAAAGCGAUUGCUCGCCAAACUCACAGC